CCUCCUCCUCGCCCUCCUUUUCCCCCUUGCCCUUUUCCCCCUUCUCUUUCACCUCCGACUUUUCCUGGAGCUCCACGAGUACAAUUCCGGAGUACGCCGCCAACGCCGACUCCAUCAAGUCCCGAAAUUUCUCCGGCGUCCACCUCCUGUCCAGGUUGCUCACCUUCAGCCGCUUGUUCUCUUCGCAGGAGCGGACCUCCAGCGCUCUCCCAUGCACCUCGCAACCCGUCAACUCCUCCGCCGCUUUUCUCGCUUCUUCCGGACUCCGAUACCGCACGAACGCAUACCCCUUCAUUUGCUUUGACCGACGAUCUUUCAUCAGACGCACGCCCAGGACCUCUCCACAUUUUCCGAAGACCUGCCGCAGCUCCGCUUCUCUCACCCCUUGAUGCAACCCGCCCACAAAGACCUCGAUGCCCUCCUCCACCUCCUCUUGGCGCACCGGGACAGAGGAAGCUUUAUCACUACUACCUUUGGGAGGCGCUCCUUCCCCACCCUCGAGACCCUCCGCUGCAUCUUGCGGUCCCGUGUCAGGCUUCUGUUGUUCCGAGGCGGGGCCUGACGGCUCCUCUUCCUCUCCC